GACCAUGUGAAGCAGUUCUACCGGACUCUGAUCAACUUCCUGGCCCACAGCAGCCUGACGGUGGUGGUCUUCACGCUGUCCAUCCUGGCCAGCCUCACGCUGAGCGAGAAGGUUGGAGACAAGCUUUUCGACUCAAAGAACAUCCACCAGACCUUCCAGCUGGUGUUCAACAUCAUUGUGAACGGAGACGGAACGCUGACCAGGAAGUACUCUGUGGACCUGCUGGUGGACCUGUUAAAGAACCCGAAGAUCUCAGAUUACCUCAGCAGGUAUGAGCACUUCUCAGCGUGUGUGUCUCAGGUUUUAGGGCUGCUGCGUUCYAAAGACCCUGACUCUGCAGCCAAGGUGCUGGAGCUCCUGCUGGCCAUGUGCACCGUCUCAGGUCUGCGCUCGCUGCUCUGCGACAUGGUCUUCAAACCCGCCGGACCCAGACUCAGAGCCGCAGGAUGCAGGCAGGGUCCGGGACCGGAGGGGGGUCUGGUUCUGGUGCAGUGGCUCAGCUCACCUGUGGAUGAAACGUGUGCGAUCAGGACCCUGCAGCUGCUCAACGAGCUGCUGGAGGAGUCGUCAGGAGCAGAGAACAUGUCUGAAUCCACGCUGAGCUUCACAGAGAUGCUGCUCCCGGUCCUGCUGGGUCUGCUGAAGGACGUGAACCCGACGCAAGGAGACGCUCAACUGAGGAAGCACUGCCGCCUCGUCACACACACCUCCAGUCUGCUGCUGAUCCUGUGCAGUGAGGACUCCAGCAGGUCUGUGGUGUCCUCUCAGGUGAGCGCUCAGCUCUGCCUCUCACAGGUGGAGGUGCUCCUCUCCUGUUGUCAUAGAGACAACACCAUCUCCUGCCUGCCUCCUGGCUCCCAUAACGACCUCAGUCAGGUGUGUGCUGAAGCUCUGCUGAAGACCCUGGAGCUGAUGAGCCGCCUGAGGCAGCAGGUGAAGGACAUGGAGACCAGCUUCUACAGGCUGCUGCAGGACCAGAGGAUGGUGACCCCCCUCUCUCUGGCUCUGACGUCCCACCACAGGGAGCGUGUGCAGACCGGACUCGCCCUCCUGUUUGAGGCCACGCCCCUCCCAGACUUCCCAUUGCUGGUUUUAGGAGAAAGCAUCGCUGCCAACAACGCCUACCGUCACAGGGAGGCUGAGCUGUCAAUCAAGCGGGUUGCGGUGCAGGAAGCCCCGCCUCUCAGGACAAACACCUGCAUCCUGGACUCCUCCAGCUCCUCCAGGAGCGUCAGCAGUCUGGUUGAGAGGAUCCAGAGCGGACUGGAGCUGCAGGAGCAGAUGAGGGACUCUCAUGUCUCUGACAUCAUCGAUGUUUAUGAACAGAAGCUCGCUGCUUUUACUUCGAAGGAGAGUUGUCUUCAGGACCUGCUGGAGGCCAAGGCUCUGGCUUUGUCUCAGGCCGACCGGCUCAUCGCUCAGUACCGCCUGCAGCGAGCGCAGGCUGAGGCCGAGGCCCGGAAGCUGGCCUCGCUGCUGAAGGACGCAGAGCGGGGCAGGGAGGACCUGCUGUCCCAGCUGAGUGGGCAGGUUCUGGAGGUGGAGCGGUCCAGAGCCGACAUGGAGGAGCUGCUGCAGCACAACGCCAGGCUGCAGAAGGACUCUGAAGAACACCAGGCUCUGAAAGGAGCCUACAACGCCUUGCUCAACAGGUUUAAUGAAACAGAGCGACUCCUCAAAGAGCUGCAGGCAGCUCACAUCUCUCUGAGCAAACAGACGGACGCUCUCAGGAGGAACCAGGAGGUCCUGCAGCAGCAGAUGGACAAGAUGGCUGCGGUGUUGGAGGACAGAGAGCAGCAGAUCCAGUCCCUCCAGUCUGACAUCCAGAAGAGAAACGAUGACAUCACAGCUCUGAGCGCUGAGCUGAGAGCUGCAGAGCAGCAGCUGAAGGACAAACAGCAGCAGAAGGACGAGCUGGAGGACAAGAUGGACAUUUUGAGGAAGGAGCUCAAUAAAACUGAACAGGCCAGGAAGGACGCCAGCAUCAAGGCGUCGUCUCUGGAGCUGCAGAGGACUCAGCUGGAGAGCAAGCUGAAGCAGAAGGAAGAAGAGCUGAACAAACACUCGGCCAUGAUCGCCAUGAUCCACAGCCUGAGCAGCGGCAAACUGAAGAGUGACGUCAACCUGUCGCUCUGACGAUGAGUCGCACAAAAAAACAUUUUAUCAACUAUUUAUAGGACCUCUAAUUCAUUUUAAACUGUAAUUAAUCUGCAAGAAACAAGCUUAAACAUUAAACUCUACUUUUUCAAGUCAUGAAAUGUUUGUUUUUAUUGUUCUGUUAAUAAAUGACACUGUUUUUCA